AUGAACGCACCAGACCGAACGCGAAACACUAAGGUGAGGCGUGGCUCUGAGCGGAGCCAACUAGAUUCAGAAGUGUCUAGCCAAAGCGGAGACUUCGAGACACAUCGAGAUUUUCCGCGCUAUAAUUCUCUGGUCGACGCCCAGAGUGCAACCCCGGUGUGGUCUCCGCAGGUUGCGCGAAGUGCCAGCGUCACGAGCUUCAGUACCACCAGCGACGCGUCUUUUCGUUCAGACUUGGCCAUUCCAGAGGAGCGGCGUUUGUCUCAAGAUGCAAUGAGCGACGACAGAGGGGAAGAUGAGACGGAGGGAGGUAGACGACGCCUCUCCUGUUCCUCAUGCGAGGAGGCAUACGCAAACCAGCAUUCUGUCUCUCCUGCCGUUUUGGCUGUGUCAUGUAAGGGUGGCGAUGAGCAGAACCUGGUAAGCCACCGAAGGGCAGAAACUGGCGCUGCAGUUAACCAGGAACAUUUGGAUAAAUCGUCGCAUCCCAAGCAUUUAUCACUCGUCUGUUCUGCCGAAGGGGAAACACACGGGUGUUCUGAAGCCCGCCUUGACGCCGGCCUCGAAAGUGGAGAUGAAGCAAACCCCAAACACGGAGCUCCCACCGCGCACCGGCAGGUUCCCACUGUGCCUGUCAACGAGAGUGUCCUUUCACAGACGCCUUCGUCGCUUCCUUGUCAUGAUGUGAACCCGGCACUUACCCUCACCGGGACCCAAAGGGCGCACCCUUUGGAGACUUGGAGCUCCACGUCACACUCAAGUACCCACGUUUUCGACACAUUAUUUCACUCCGACACCACUUCCACACAGGCGUCUCUCUACUCUUCCUCAUCAGUCGGCGGUUAUCCAGACGCGCUGUCAAAAGAGGGGGGUGAUGAGCCUGUGAUGGCAAGUUCGUUGUCUGAGGGCCGGGAGUCAAGUAACAUUUAUCAACCCUCGUUCGGCUCAGCACGUGGCAGUGGCGUCUCUGCUUUGUCUAUCCUGCCACAUGUAUCGCUUCCUUCUGUCAUUGCGUCUGGGGCUUCUUCCUCCUCCUCUUCGGCUUCCCAGGCUUGUGACGAGUCCUCUUCCUUGCCAGCCCGCGACGCGUCCGCGGGUACGACUCCGCUUUCGAGAGGCGUCCGGGCAGAAGCCGAGAGAAGGCGACGGCUCCGGAGGCAACAGGAGACGCGGGCGAUGCUCCUCAACAGUCUGAAGUUCACAACGUCUCUUCAAGGAGACCCAGGCCGGGAGUGGAGUUCGAGUUUCGAUGAAGCGCGCAGGGGAGGCUAUGCUCCUUCGCAAGCGUCACAAGCGCCCGGAGGGUCAAGUUUGGCACGCGGAGAAGACUCAAAGGCUGCAGACUCGGACCCGACGGGCAGCACGAUUUCACCACUUCCGCUUGAGAGGGCAAACGAAGAUGCACGGGAAAUCUCGGGAGGUGGCGGAGGCGACGAGCGCAAAGAAGGACGCGAACGCGGCGGAGCAUCUGCUUUUAGGCAAAGGGGGCCGGCGGUCGUACCACAUCCGAAAAGUCCGGUGACAGGGUCGCGCCGGCUUCCAUCAGUUCGCUUUCUUCUCCAGGCACUCUUACGGACGAAGCGCACCACCCGUGUGGGCCCUGGAGCCCCAGCGACGUCCGCCGUGUCGGGGAAUGUGGCCGGAGACAGCCGGGCCUUACCAGGCAUGUCGCCAUACCAUGGGGCUGCCAGCGGCUGGCCGGAGACAGAUUCAGCCGGUGGAUCGGAAGGCGAGGCUGAUCCAGGGGGACGAGUGGCAACACCCAGUCGCGCAGGUGUGGCCGGGAGACAUGUGCUUGGUUUGGCAGACCGACGUACACUCUCGCGCAGCGAUGCUGGCGGUUGGCUGGGCAACCCGAGCGAGUCAUCUCGGCUGCUCCUCGAUUCCGACGACGCGGAAACGACCACUUCAGCGAGCACGUUGACGGUGAAGAAGUCUGCGACCACAGCUUCGUGGCAAGCGGCACUGUGUUAUAGCACAAGGCAGUACUCGUCUCUCGAUGUGACGAACUUGGUAUUUUAUUCCAGGAUGGCAGCGCUUUUCGAGGCGCACUGGGCGACGAUCCACCCUCUCGAGUGCGUCGUACGGAGGGCGCCUGACGAAGAGUUCCCCUUGGCGUCGUGGACCAAACAGGAAAGACGCUGGCGUGCAGAGCGACGAAGAACUGAGGAUGGUCUCACAUCCUAUUCAACAGGAAAAGGUCUGCAGGGAAGGAGGGAAAGACGCGAGCUAGCGACGGAAAGGGGCCGUAAAGACGGCCCCCUGCAUGAUGAGCAUGACAUCGAUUUCAAAACCAAACACGGAUCCGCUUUGGUUCCGUUCGUAUCUCUAUCCUACCUGAUACCCUGCUUCAUGUUACGUGCAUUUCGGAAGCUAUUGAUCAAUCGAACACUGUUGAAGGAGAUGAUGGCAGAGUUUAGACUCAGCACGCGCCGGACAGGAGAACUGCGACUAUCUUCUCUCCUCGAUGAAACCAACAUUUCAGUCGAGCAGAAUAUAGAUGCCCGGCACCCACGGGCGCCGUGUGGAGACGCCGAGCCUUUGAAUGCACGGGAUGCGGCUGCAGGCUUCGAUGCGGAGGCUAGGGGUUUCUCUGGGGCGUCUGCCACACACAGGACAGGAGAAAGCGGAGACUCAGCGGACAACGCGCGCGUGCAACAGGUGUCGGAUCGGACGGAGGGAACGAGUGCUGCUAGCGUAAGCUUUCCAGGCCACGCCGCGGCCUCGUCUGCGUACUCGUCACCGGUGUUCGAGAAACGGAACGACAACUACAGCGUACCGCGAACUCCCCCUAGGUGUCCCACGCCCACCAUCUCGGUGCCGAUCGAACCAGGUGGACGAGGGUCCUCGUCGCCAUCUCCCACAUAUGGCUCUCCGGUUUUGGUUGGCUCCCCUCUUCCAACCUCUCCAUCGAACCGCCUUCCAAACCCACUGAACCUGCGUCUUCGUGGCAGCCGCUUUUUCGCCCCUCCAUCUGACCCUAACUCUCCACCGGCACACGUUCGUCCUUCCAGCCCCGUUGCUGCGAUGUCGGACUACUCGUCGUCUGCACAGACGCAGGCAUCUCCCUCGCCUUCUGUGCACUUCACCUCGACAACGGCCUCGUCUGCCCGACCUCCGACAACCACCACCGCCUCUGCCCCGCAUCAAGUCCUCCAUCUGUACCUUUGCUGCGGCGGCAAGGACAUGCUUGCUCUGGACUGGUUACCGUUUAUAAGUCGCUUCCUGCAUUACUCACUCUCCGUGAAAGUAAAAAAUAUGCACUCGCGAGCCGCGGACGCUGCCGCCGCAGCAGCGGCCGUCGCUGCCGCCUUCAGCGCCCAUGCCGCUACUCUCGACCGCGAGGCGGCCCUCGCCGGGGCAGCUGCGGCUGCAGCUGCUGCCGCAACUGCUGCCGAAGAGGAGAUCAACCGGACGAGCAGCGAAAGUGAGGACGAGACGUCGAGGAAUGACACAGACAGUGACACCAGUGAGGAGAGGGAGGAAAGGAAGGAAACUCAAAUGGAGCAUGUGACGGGGAAAGCAACCACGGGUCACGGGGGGGUCACAAGAGCGGAGGAACCGACGCUUACCACCCCAGAAGUGUCAAGAGACAAAGGCACUGGCGACGGAGGUAGGUUGGCGCACUCAGGUCCCAAGCGCCAUACGGACGAGGUGAGGCGCCGCGAGAGGGGCGAGGAAGGCAGGAAGGUUACGUCGUUCCCGGGGAAACACAGAAGGCAUUCGCUUUUCACUCCUGCAGCUGCCGCAGCUGCGGCAGCUGAAAAAAGAUGGAGACAUUCUAUUCUCUUGGAGAGCGAGGACAACGAAGGGGGGGGCACACAGACCCUCGGAUUGGGAUGCGAGAAGCUGGUAGGCACAAAAGAUACGAAUGGCGAGAGGGUAAGAACGGGACGAACAGCGAGUGUUCCGUGUAUAUCGGGUGCACAGCAGGUGCGACCGCGCGACCGUGAAGAAGACACAAGGCAAAUGCCCCUACCGCAUCAGAGACGAAGGAUUAGUCAGUGUACCGCUGAGGAAUUUGCUGGACUGGCUGCUGCCGCAGUGAGAAGUAUGCAGAAAAAAGAGACGGAAAAUAGCGAACAGCAACAUACUCUGGAGAGUCGGCUGUUCCAUCUCUCCUCUUUCCCGCUCCCUGGCGAGCGUACGCCUCAUGUUGGACCAAACAGAGAUGAUGUGCUUCCCGUUCGACGGCGCGCACCCCCGUCUCCUCACGUUUCCUUGACGUCGUUGUCGGAUUUGCCCCACGGUGACCAACCUUCGAGACCCACAGUGCCGGACGAUCAGAAUAAGCAAGAAUGCAAAGUCUCUCCUCCGGGCGAGUUGCUGCAAGGCCAUGUAGGAACACUCGAUCCCGUUGCAAGAGACACGAAGAGGCAGCAUGAUCAGGGAGACCAAGCGAAGAAAACUGAUCUCAGUUGCGCCUCCCCCAUUAGCACUGAAUCCCGUUCUGUGCCUGGCACAAAAUCAAAUUCAGUGACCCGAAACUAUGCUUCACCGUUUUCGCUCCCUCGUUCGUCGUCUUCGCCAUCGCAGACUCACCGUCUUUUGUGGUCGUUCCCUUCUGCACCUCUCGGUUCCUCUUCGCCCUUUUCGUCGCCACCGGGAGGCCCCGCGGCGACUCCAUUUCUUGCUUCGUCGCUUCCGUGGUGGACCAUAAAAGAGGUCGAGGUGCCCAUUCUCGUGUACAUGAACGCAGCAUUUGUCUUAAUCGACUAUCCGGGGUACGGCGGCAGCACAGGGUCGCCUACGCCGGCGGGGUGCGUAGCGGCGGCCUUGCGGAGUCUGAAUGUCGCGAUCUUUCAUCUGAAGAAGCAGCGAGGGGAAGAAGUGAGGAUCCAGAUCUCCGUUCUCGGGUACUCGCUUGGGUGUGCCGUUGCCCUGAGAGCAGCGCGGGUCAUAUGCCGGCAACUGUUGCAUCGAAAUGAGGAGGCUCAGAAGCGGGAAAGGCGCGAGCGAAGAGCGGCGAAAGAACGGCGCAGACGCCACGGCGGAGAGAAAGACAGGAGCAAAAGUAUGUGUAAGGUCGACCCCUCAGGAAGGGUAACAGAACGGCAAACGGCACGUCGAGAAGCCGGACAAAUCGGAGAAAGUGUAGGCCAGUCUCGGAUUUGUUGUGAGGAAAUUGAUGCUAAGCCGCAGAGAGGGAACCAGGUGGGUACGGGCGGGGAACCCCGUCCAGCACGGGUGCCGGUUUGCUCGUCAUUGUUCGCGGGUGGCAGCCAGAAUACAGAGAGUUCUGCAGCAGCGGAUCCUCAAGAUGCAAGCUGCACAACCCCUGAGAGUACCUCGCUUCGGGAUGCACCGCGGACCGAAGCAUUGUCAGAUCCUCUGUCGUCCUCUCAGUCACCGUUCCCUUCCCCUUUUGGGAAUAUCUCCGCGGAUUCUCCUAGAGAGUCCCCGGGUUCCACAAGUUCGUUUCCAUGCUCGGGUGUGGCUUCCCGCUUGCACGGAACGACGAUGGCUCUCCAGGCGACUACUCCGCAUUCUGCGGCGGCGUCAUCGUCGGCUGACAAGGGCGAAGCGCCCCCUCAGGCAGCUGUGUCGCCGUCGUCUCUGUGUGGUCGCGGCUCUGUCGAUGCUACCAGCUCGAGUAUGCCGUCCCGUUGGCAUUUCCGUAAAGCACUUUCGAGGGCAACUGAAGAAGCUGCAGAACGGGGAAGAAGCAAGGGUGAGGGACACGAGGCAGAUGCAGAGAACAAAUGCGAACGUGAUACCGAGGGCGUGCCGCCGUUGCGUCGCUUGCAGGAAUAUCUUGGUCGAAGGAUAAAGGAGGCAGAGAGCAGCGACACAGGAGGAGGGGGAAGGCGAAAUGUAGAUGCGAAGAAACGAGACAGAGAAGGCGAGAGAAGAGGGGACGAGGCACGUCCAAAGUGUGGAAGGGGGAAAAGCGACAGGUUUGGAUCCGCGCGCGGACAACCUGUCUCAGAUUCGUCAUACGACCCGCAGGUUGCAGCCGUGGAAAAACAAGAAGGAACGGAACAUGACGACGGGCAGGAGAGGAGUCGGAAUGCUGUGGAUACACGCUUUGCUGGGGGGCACGGUGAUCAGCGUCAUACAGAGAGCCUUCACUUCGCAGCCCCACGUCUGGGCUGUGAGGAGAAUACUUCGUUGCCGUAUGCUUUGUCUCCCAGAGCCUCGCCAGUUUUUCCGUCUUUCGUGGUAGGCUCUUCGGGUAUGUUUCCAUCGUCCUCCUCGCUUAGAGGGGGUGACGCCUCUGAAGGCCAGGCCACCGAAGAUAUCCAGAGCGGUCGCAACGCUGUCGAAGCAGCAGGUGGCAUUGGGGGACAACUGCCUGAAGGUAAAGUGGUAGCCGGACGCGAUAGAGAGGAUGCGUGUGCUUCUCAUGAAGGAUCCGACGAUCGGUCGGAUAUCCACGGAGGCGGCGCAGAAGCUGAACCAGAAAUCAAACGUGGCAUCCCUGAUUUCAUCUCCGAGUUGCUUCCAUACCGCGGCGACACGUGUUCAUCGAGCUCGUCCCCAUCUGACCACCUUCCAGGUGAGUUCCGUCUAAGUCCAGACCACCAUCGAUCCCCGACGAUCACACUGAACACACUCUUCCCGUCGACCUCCGGUUCUGCUUCGGCAGUGGCCUCUCCCUCCCCAUCCUUUCCCCCAUCGACUCAUGUGGCUGAGCCGCACCAUGUGGCGCGGGCUUUGAGUAUGCCGGCAGUUCCAGAGGGAUCGGAGGUCAAUGCUUCAGCGACGGCGCUCCUGGCUCAACCCCCUGGCACGCUGGAAAGAACACCCGGGCUUCCGCGGGCGUCAUCCAAACUUCCGAGAUCUACAUCGUCCGGUUUGGCGCGACCUGUGCCUCCGCCUCGCCUUUCCUCGUAUUCGUCAAAUAUCUCGACGUCUACCGGGUCUGGGCUGGCUUCUGCUGUCUCGUCCGUGGGAGCAGGUUGUCCAGGCGACAGACCUCCCGCGAGGGCACGCACGCUCGUGUCUCCGGACGAGCUGGAGUCGCUCCGCACUGCUGUCAGUCAUUAUUUGGAUGGGCGCACGAGGCGCCGAGCAAACACCGGGGCGGAGGUCCCGCGGGUAAUAAAAGCAGAUGGGGUGGAAAGCAAGGUCCAUGAGGGGAACCACGGAAAUCGGGACCAUCGACGCGACAAGGAUGGGGACUCGGAAGAUGUCCAGGCUCCGCCCCGUUGCACAACUGGGUCGUUCAUGGCUGCCACGUCAAUAAGCCGACGACGAUCAAAAGGAGCGGCAGACCCUCUUGGGGUACCUCCAUCGCGUGAGGACGCGAACAUGCACUUCGCUCGGCGUGUCGAAUCUGCGACUAGGGAAGCCGAGAGACCCGCAACGAUCAGAGGAAGCGGUGGAGAGAGAGGGUUUGCAGAUCCAAACAUCGACCCGAAAGGCGGGGAGGCAUCACAGGGUCGGGGUAAUGUGCGUAGCCGUGAGUUGAAUGUGGAGGUAUCAUGCGAUUCUGGCCAGAAAACAGAUCUGUCUAGGCACAAAAGGCAGACUAACGACAACCAAUCCAGUUCGGGCAACGGCAGGCGCCAGUCGUCACCUGCUCCUUCUUCGCGUGUGUCAUCUGUUACGCCUAUCAACCAUGACACUCCAUUUCCCUCCUCAUCGUCCGCGACAGACGGGAACGGCGAAGAGUCUGCGGCUAUCGACUCUUCUGGAUCGUCGUUUCACUCUUCUUCGGAAGACUCAUCAUCGGACAAAGAGGACGACGGCAUAUUCAGCGAGCACUUAGACGAGGCCUACGCACUCCCUACUGAUUUCGCGGAGUUCCGCCGCUUGGUUCUCGUCGCUCCCUUCACCUCAACUGCAGACUGUGCGGCGCACUACCUCAGUUUGCCAUGGGGCGUCCACGGCAUUUUCGAGGCGUUUAUAUCCUACAUUCAGGACGAGUGCACCCGGUGGGAUAAUAUGGCUUGCAUGCGGAGUUUGUGUCGUAUUUUUGAUGCGAACCCCAAGCUUUUCGCCGGUGUAGGCCUUUACAUUUUCCACGGAAGGGACGACCGAAUCGUCCCCCUUGCUAUGGGGCAGGCCCUAGCCGAUACCGCUCUCAACUUCUCGUCGUGCAUCCAUUCUCACAGCGCUAUGAAAGCGCGAUCGCAGAGCAGCGCCCGCAUCGCACCUAGCGAGAGAGAACAGGAGGAAGAAGGCAGACGGCGACAGAAGGAGGAUCAGGACGUGGGAAGCGUAAAGUCGAAAACGAAACGAAAUGAGCGGGUAGAAGGCACCGUGUCUGACAGCAGUGGCGACGAGGCAAACCGCCGCAGAACUCGACCUCGCGAGCGCCCGUCGUCUGCGUCAUCAUGUUCGACGACAUCGAACAGAGACGAACCAUCCGUCUCUGUGUUUUCACCCGCUCCAAUGCAUCCAAUAUCUGCUUCCUCCCUCGUGGCUGCUGGCGAAGGCGGCGGCAAAGGCCGACGUGACUUUCAUGUAAUCAGAACGGAAAGAGAUUUUCUAGAAGUGCUGGAGCUCAGCGACCAGCGACGGCAGGCCUCACGGACGACAAGCGACGACCAGACAUGGGUCGAUGUGGAAGCGACAGAAGGCAAAACGGAUCUGCAGGCGUCGUAUGGAGAAUCUGUCGGUCCAGGCCAAAGACCGAGUACUGGUUCGGAGCCUGAGCAUGUGAGAGUGAGUGGGAUAUCACGUUUGUCUGUUAUUUCGUCUCGCGAGCCAAGUGAGGUUGUGGGAGGGAGUAGCGUUGAUAGGCGUGGGACACGUCAUUCGAGGAGCGAAAAUCAGAAAGGGGAAGAAGCACCACGGACACCCUUGAUUCGCAUUUCUUCGUUUCCGUAUUCUUCAUCGCAAACCACAGGGUGUGUGAUUUCUCGUGAUGGCGGCACACCCUCCGAAGAUGCGGCCUGCCUCCAGUCUGCUUCUAGGGUGCCACCAGACUGGAAGUCAGCGUCAGCUUCUGCACUUCACUCGACGCCCGCAGGUGUUUCGGAUGACCCACUGGAAGGUGUUAGGGGAGGACCAGAAGGCCGAGAGCCCACAGGAGAAAGCAACGAUUGUGAUGCAACACAAUGCCGAGACCAAGAAGCAGUUGAAGCCGUGCCACAGGAAAUCCCUACGAUCCAGACUAAAGCUCCGCUUCUAGCUGUCGCUUCCCUCUCACCUGCGUCUUACGGGACCAAAAUAGCGAGAAUGGACGAGCACAAGAUCAUGUCGCGAAGAUGCAAUAAGGAUGACCCCACCACAAUACGACUGCCGGGAAGCACAUCGUCUUCCCCGCCGCCGGAGCAAUUGCAUUGCGAAGCCUCGGUGUCAGUGCGAAUAUGCGGCGGGCAGGGGGAGAUGCACGGUGACAGUGAAGCGAGGGCGCGGACGCAGAUGGUGGACAGAACUAAGGAAGGGGACGAAAUGAAGGGAAACUCAAGACGAGGCACACUGAGGGCAUCGUCUUCGUCGCUUCAUCCAGACGAACCCCGACGGCGCAGCAGCGUUGGACGCCGCGACACUGGAAGGCGCGAGUCAGCAGAUCAAUUUUGCCCGUUAUGUGCCUUGGGGCCCCAUGCAGAGCUUGUCGACGUGAGCAAUGCAGACCACCGGACGAUUUGCUCGUCGCCAGCCCACCAAAAGAAGAUUUUCGCCGCGCUGUACGACGAUGACAUUGUCCACGUGAUCUGCUGAAGAGAGACCGUACAGGCGAACCGAACAGGCGAAAUCUGUAUUGUGGCAGAAGGGUGUCUUGGCGCUUGCCCGCCUCCCGGUGGUUUUUUCCAGUGAGCCUACUCUACCACGAUUCGUACUGUUGCCGUCUGAACCGAUUGGUGUUGCCACUCGUGCUUCCACCUAUAGCUUGCAGCUUUAGGUAUCUGUGGGUUUCGCGGCGACGGACAUCAACCAAUCAGGUGCUCUACCUCUACCAACAGAGUUGCUGCUUCGUUUAGCAGUACGUAGCAACAGGUGGUUAACGCUACAACGUCUGUCCAUGUCGUAUCUCCUUUCUGAAGGGCACAGAGAUAGGGUACCCUCCCCGUGUCCCUACUCAACUCCGCAAUACGUAGCUUCAUUGAUGCCGGUGAGCUGCCGCCACCCUAUUGGCUUGCCCAUCCUCAGGGGUGGCGCAGUCCAUACGGCACCAGUCCAUCAAACCUCCCCGAUCAAAAGCUACUGGGAGUCGUUGUCGCUUUACGCUCAGCCCUUCAGCGCGUGUCCAAUUGUGCAUGCCGAUGCGGGUUCUCCAUAUGGCAUUGCCAGGUCCUUUUCUUAGCCAGAGUGGAGUCGGCACGUGUUCAUGGCAAAGCGAAACACGAAGACGUUCUGACAAACGACACUGUAAACCGCUAUGACAUUCGAGAAGAACCUUACGGUGUGCCCGGCUUCAGCAGUAGCACGACAGAGUGCUGAAAAAGCCAAAUGCAAAUCAAGUAAGCUUCGAAUACGCGCAUUGUAACCGGCACUUCCACUCA